UAGCCCAGCAGACGACACCAGUUACUGAAACGGUUCCUGCCACCACUACCGUACCCAUGGUUACCACUGACCAGACUUCGACAUCGUCUUGUACCGAUUCUUGCAGCAUGACAACAAAAGACCUGCAGACAACUCCGGUUACUACCAUGUCUCCAACCACUCCUCCCGUGACCAUGGUUUCUACUCAAUCCAUAUCGACAUCAUCGACCUGCUUCAACGGUUCUUGCCAAACGACAACAGAAGUGGUGCAUCCAUGUUUCAAUAAUCCCUGCACCAAUGGUGGAACGUGUGUGGAAGAUGGAGAAGGAUUCACAUGUCAAUGCCCUUCGGGUUUCCAAGGUACAACGUGCCAAACAGUGGUAAACUCUUGUAGCAGUCACACCUGUCUGAAUGGAGCAACCUGUGAGGAGGGUACAGAAGGAGCCAUAUGUCAAUGUCCUUUUGGUUACGAGGGAAUUCAUUGUGAAACAGAUUUGACGCCGAAUUUCAAUUUCUCCCAAGCACGUGUCUUGGAACCCGCUGACUUUGGUGUGGAUAGAAGCUUGCCUCAGCCUUAUUACAUGCUGGCAGAUCACUACAAUACUUUACAGAUGAAGCAAGCAAACGAUCAUCAAGAAAUUGUCGACGAACCUUGUCGCAAUAACAUGAUGGACUGCAUUAAGCUUACUGGGGCUACGUCACGACUGAAUCCGAUGACGUCGAUAACAGGUACCUGUUUGCAUCAGGUCGAGAACUGUCCUCAAGGGUUCGCCAUAUCCUUGUGGCUCUUCCUGGAGACAGAAGCAAUUGAUGGCGUACCUUCCAAGCUUCUCUCGGUCGAAGACGGAACCCUCAAUGUUCCUUAUGUCAGAUUGAUGAUUACUGCCCAGCGAGCUAUAGAAUUUUCAGUCAAUGAUGGAACAACCAUCUUCAGGUCAAAAAUUUCUGCGGGAAAGGUUAGAUGGAAUCAAUGGUUUAAUUUGGGUGCAAGCUGGAAACCGGGAUCUGUCCCUCUCUUGUUCAUUAACUCUAAACCUCGAGGUCAAAGUUCACAGAGUGAUGUCACAGAACCCAUGGACACGUCAACCAACCGGAAUGUGUGGAUCGGUUCACAGGAAACCGCGGAUUCCUCGGCGCCUGUUACAGUAUCCGAUUUUGUGUACUGGGAUCGCUUCCUGUUUGAGUUUGAAAAUCAUCGCUUCCUGGGAAUAACCGAUGAAGAGAAGCAUUUGCUUUUCAAUGCCGAUCUUUGGUGGACUGUAGACGGCUUUACACGCAGGGAUCAUCUCCAAUUGGGUGACUAUCAAAACCAAGUUGCAUUGACCACGCCCAUCCGUACAGACGAAAAUGCAGUGGUCGUCCUGACGACUGGAAGAGAUGGAAAGGGAAAGGCUCUAGAUGUCAACGGAGAGGACGGAUUCUGGUUAUAUUUUGGAGAUCAUGACGGAACGUGCAUCAGCGAUCCCAGCCUUUGUGAUGAUGGCAUCACUGUUGCCACAUGGAUGAGGCUAACAGAUUACCAUGACAACGAGUUCCACUGCCUCUUGAGUUCGGGUGGACAGACGACACGAGGUUUUGCUAUCUACCAGACCGGACAGAAGAUACGCGCCAUGGUGGCAAACGGAGAACGACAAUGGAUUGUCGAGGCUCCCUUCGAACAGUUUGGUGAAUGGAGCCACAUCGCCCUGACAUGGAAUCUAACGACCGGUCUGUACCUAUACCUAGACGGAAAUACCCGUGGUAUUGACUUGAAGGGUGUCUACAGGGUGCGUGAAGCAGACCUGGACAACAAGCUCAUCGUGGGCAGAAGGAACGACUUCCUCAGCGACUUCGCCAGAUUGGGAUUCGAGGAACUUGCGAUCUGGGAACGAUUCGUCGAGCCGUGGGAAGCCAGACAUGUCUUUGGUUUGUUCGAAAACUCUGUGUACAGUAAAGCUGAUAUCUAUUGGGCAGGUGAAACAUUGAUUUUGAGUAUGUUUGACCUUCUUGAGACCGGCAAAACUGAUGGUAUUAUACCAGGCCCAAACUUAGAUAUUACCAUAGCAACAGAAGAUGAUGAUACAUUCGUUGAAUUACAUCCCAAUUCCUACCUAACGCUCGGAUCCUUUCCAGCCUCCUGUCUAAUCGAAACAGACACCUGCCUCAGCGGGUUUUCGCUCUCAAUCUGGCUUCAAACACCUAUCAAUGCACCCAUCACUGGGAGUCAUCUUAAUAUCGAGUCUCGCAGUUUUACGCUCACUGUGACGUACUACACAGCCGUUGCCAUAGUGAAGACUUCUGACCUGGUUUGGACAACAACGGUACCCAUUGAAAAACGUGGGUCCUGGUAUAAUAUCGCCAUGACGUGGAACCGCUUUGAAAGAUUAGCGGUGUACGUGGAUGGGAUCGAGCCGGAAGGGGCCACAUCGACCACAGAAACGAACCUGGACGUGCAACCCUCAUCGGUGACGGAAGUCGGUAUCAGCUCGACAACGGAAGGGACGUUAAUCACGGAUCUCGCGGUCUGGUACCAGUUUACGUACCCUCGGAAAGCCUUCACGCUCAUGGGAUUAACAGAUCCCGAAGGCUACUGUCAGAGUUUCGGUCGUUACUGCUGGACAUUCCAACCACCCCUCAAUCGCGUCAAUCCCUUCGUGCCAUCUGAAACGGGCGUCUCAUACACUACGAGUUCGAACUACACCGGGAAAUCCGUGGUCACCGACGGAAUGGAAGGCGUCCUCACACUCGGCGACUACGCGGGCAUGUGUCCAAGCGAUCCAUCGGAGUGCGAGCACGGUUUCGCACUCGGGUUGUGGGUGAACUUGGAACCCCCGGAGACUGUGGAUAGUUCUGUGAAGCACAUCAUUAGUCUUGGUGCUGACAGAAAUGGAGAGAGGGGUAUGGCUCUUAUACACGCAGAGGGGAACAUCCGGGCUAUUGUUGCAGACGGCACAAAAAGAUGGGAGGUCGACACCCUGGAUCAUAACGUCACCUAUAACAAAUGGAUGUACAUAGGGAUGAUCUGGGAAGCAACCAACGGACUUCAGAUCACCUUCGAUGGGGUACUAACGGCAGAGAAGAAAGCGGGAACGGUAAGCACAAGAAACAAUGAGGCCUACUCUGUCAUCACCGUGGGUAAAUCAGCAGUUUAUCCUAUUGGAUACCAAGCAGGAGCAUACGAUGACAUUAUGAUAGUUGUACCAGAAACAGUCAGUGAUAUCCCAGUACCAGAAGACCUGAAUGGCGUAGGAAGCGUACGUUACCGUUCUGCUGAUGAGUAUUUCGACGUGACAGACCCGAGCGGUCCGGUAGAAGCAGUCAACACAUCACUGGUUGAGGAUCGCUUCCAUUCUGAGGAUGGGGCUAUUUCCACAGGCAACCCAGCAAAUCACAACUUUGGAUACGUAUCGAUUGGUGAUUACGCGGGUAAAUGUUUGAGUGAUCCAUCCGUUUGUAGUCCAGCCGGUAUGACAGUCAGUUUCUGGAUUGAACUCGGUACCAUCGACCAUUUUCAAGACGUAGCCACCAACCCCGAAGGACUUGGGUAUAUUCUCAGCUCUGGUGCCCAGGUUGCGAAUAGCCGUGGCUUUUCAGUCACUUACGAUGGCGAAACAGUUACUACUGAAGUAGUUGGUUCAACCAUAAUGUGGACUGCAUCUUUCGACGAUGCUAAUUUUGGGAGAAACUGGACUAACUUCGCCAUAACUUGGAGCUCGGUCUCUGGUCUUGAAAUCUUAACUGAUGGCAAACUCAGAGCCACUGACGCACUUGGAACGCCAUUGUCUAGUACAACAACGGACACACACACCGUUGUUCAUCUCGGCAAACGUAACGAUCAAGACAGCGGGUACCUUGGAGGCGCCUUCGAUGACGUCGCCGUAUGGAUAUACACAAUCAAUUACGAGGACGACGAUGAGCUCAGUCAGUUGAUGGGCGAGCUAGGACUUGAUGACAUUUUUAUCACCGAUGAUUAUACUCAAUUGCUAAACUCUGGGCCCACUACAGGAAAGGAAGAAUGUAGAGUCCUUCAUGAAGCGGACUGCGCUAGAUCACUGAUGGAACUUGAGGAUAUUGCUAAUGAAGAGCUCAUUUUCGGUAUUGACGCUGCCACGAGCAUGCGCAGACGAAUGCUCCAUCUGGCACAAACAGAAGAUUCAUUGUCAAAGAACGAAUUAGCCGCUGCAGUGAAUGUUGCUUCUACCCUAGCUCUGUUUGUCCAACCAUUCAACAACAAAACUCAAGCUGAAAAUGCAAUAGAGGAAUUUCUUGAGACCGUAGACGCACUUUUGGAUAGUGAGAGAAAAGAAGAAUGGCAAGAAUUACAAAAGACUAAACCAGGAUCGACUGAAUUGGUUCAUAGUCUCGAAGACUACAUCGCCCAAGCUGCCAGAGAUUUAGAAACAAGCGACACUUUUCUAGGAUGUCAGGAAUUCUAUGAAACAGCAAACAUUGCUACAUGUGUUGAUAAAUUCAUGGCCGAUUCGUUUGGUUCUGACGGGCCUGUUACUUUACCUAUCUACGGGAACGAAUCUGAAUGGAGUGGAGUAGAAGCAAGAUGGAACAAUCUCAAGGAAGAAGUCACCUUGCCCCAAAAUCUAUUCGAUUUUACUCGUGAUGGAGAUGAGGGAAUCCUUGUUCUCUCCAUCUAUGAUGCACUUGAUGAGGUCAUUCCCCGAAACGCAUCUGAAGAUUUUGUUUCGACGUCGACAAACGAGCCUUGGGUGAACAGUCGUGUGAUAUCGCUGAAAGUCUACCCAUCACUACGUCGAGACCUCUAUAAUCCUGUUAGCAUGGUGUUUGUACACAACAGGGGCAUUUCCGAGCAAGAUGUGGAUACUCCUGUUUGUGCCUUCUGGAAUUACUACUUGCCGUAA